AUGGCCGGAUGGAACUAUGCUGUACAGGAAUCUUACAGGCAUAUUUUCUUUGAAUGUAAAUUUGCUCAGAAGGUGUGGGCUCUGUGUGGAGUAACUUAUUCCAAGUACAUUGAUAUUUUAGAAAUACUAACUGGAUAUAUUCAUGGUCUGUAUCACUAUGAUGAUCGAGAAGGAGAAAUUGAGCAGAUUCCUCAAGAUGGGUCACUCCGCUAUGAAUUAGCUUUGGCAGAACAGGAGUUCUUUGUUGAUUUUCAGUUGAUGGACAUGCAAGAGUCAAUGCGGCAAGAUACCUUGACACCAUUUGUUGAGGAAACCAUUUUACAAGUUAACAAAUGGGGAUUUAGCCUUGCAGAUUUACAAGUAAGGAAAAAACAGAUGAAGGGAAUCAAAUCAUGGUUUCAUUCACUGUUUAAUGAAGUCCAUGAAGAGUGGGAGGGAUUUCUUGGACCAAUACAUAUUUGGCAGGGCAUGGAUGACCGGAUCGUACCCUACCCCUUAAAUGAUUAUGCAAAACGUAUGGUACCUGGUGCCAUUCUUCAUAAGCUGAUUGGUGAAGGUCAUUUUUCAUAUUUUUAUUUUUGUGAUGAAUGCCAUAGAGAAAUAUUUAUUACGCUCUUUGGAAUUCCGAGAGGCACAUUGUCCAUUGAUCCUGAUCCAGAGACAGCCCAUGGUUCAGAGUCAGCUGAAGACGGAGAGUUGUAAAAAGAGAACUAAAUAACGUGAAAAAAAAAAAAUUUCUAAAUGGGAAUUCCGUUUAAGUUAUAAGUUCCCAAUGGAUUUUGGGAAUGGAAUUCUGUGCAGCAGAGUGACUGAGUCUAGGAAGAAAAGCUGUGGCUAUGUGGAAAAACUAUACUUGUAAAUUGAGGGAGCAUUCCUCUGUUGGGAAAUUGAACCAUAGCUUCGGAAUAGGAUAUGCAUGUUGUGCAUAUUUUAUCAUUCAAGUUGAAAGGAUUACCGAUGUGUGGGCCUGAGCUAAGCUUGUGGAAAGGCUUCAAGAAGUUGGAGGUUGAAAACGGAGAAUGAAUUGCAUAAAAAUGGCGUUUCCACAUUUCUCUAUGGCCAUUUCUUGUAACAGUUAUGGCAAAUGGAAUCUGGAACUCUGUAUUCAUAUUCUUCAUUUGAGCAAUAAAAUUUUCAGUUACCAAAAU